CUCCGUCUCUUCAAAUUCUUCGCCGCUGUCACACAUCUCUCUCAGUUCUCUCGUCCAGCAGCCGCGAUCAACGGCAGCGACAUCCUCCUCUUCCUGGCUGGCUGCACGGGGCAUCUCGGGGGCGCUGCCGAGCUGUGUUAUAGCUCUCUUUUUUUUGCUAGUGGCACUCCAGGUGUCUGCCCUGUUUCCUGUGUUCUAUCGUGCUUGUCUGCCCUUUCUUCUCGAUCACCAUCAUGGGCCGUGCGCUGCUGGGGCUGGCCCAGCUGCUCGUGCUGGCGCUGGGCAGCGGGGCCCUCGGGGCCGUGAUCAACGUGGAGACGGCCGGGGUAAAGGCCGAUGACAUGAGUUUGGAUCAAUGCAUUGCCAACACGGCCGUGCUGAAUCAGACGCUGGCGGCCCUGCAGCCAUAUGACGUACUCUACUUUCCCAACAGCACGUUCUGCUUCAUGGGCGGCAUCUACGCGCGUGAACUCAAGCACAACGUGAUCAAGAUUGACGGCACCAUGUUCUUCAGCGACAACCAAAAGGUCUGGCCCCGUGACCCUUCGGGCCAAGUGCACGAGUGCAUCCUGAUGGACAAUCUGCACAACGUCACCUUCACCAGCUCCCACCAAGGCCUCAUCAACGGCAACGGCGAGGCUUGGUGGGGCGCCGUCAAGUACCUGGAGAUUGGCGAGAACCGCCCGCGUCUCCUGCACAUUACCAACUCGUCCACGCUCCUCUUCCAGUACCUCUUCUUCAAAAACUCGCCCUACUGGAACGUCCUGCUCGACGACGUGGCCGACGUCGAGAUCCAUGACUGCCGCGUGGAUGCCCGCCGCGACAACGCCGACUUCCACGAUCUCUACGACAUGACCGCCUUCAACACGGACGGCUUUGACGUGGCCGGCAAGAACAUUUACAUCCACGAUGUGGACAUUUGGAACGACGAUGACUGCAUCGCCGUCAAGGAGCAGACGGGCGCCUCCCACCAGUCCACCUGCAGCGAGAACAUGCUCUUUGAGCGCAUCAACGCCUCGGGCGUCGGCCUGACCAUCGGCUCGAUCGGCGCCAGCGACGCGCACACCUGCGUGCGCAACAUCACCUUUCGCGACUCGGUCAUGUAUGACACCUUCAAGGGCAUCUACUUGAAUGGCCCAUUUGGAUCGGCCCCCAGCAGGCGGGCUACGCUGAUGCCUGCUCCCUGCUUUGGCCCGAGGACCCCUUGA